ACGGAAUAUUUAUUCAGUAUUACAAUUUUCGGUUUAACAUUAAACACAGAAGGAGAAUGUUAUGCCAAGGUGAUACAGCCAAAUAGAGUAUAGGCGAUUUUUUGUAUGCGAAAACAUGUGGUAAUCGACUGUGUUGCGGUGCGGCGGUGACAUCUGGCGGCGCAGCGUGGAACUUCCACGCUCUGGGAAACGCGUGUUGGUUGAGACAGCUGCUUCAGGAGUUGGGAGUAUAUGUUUUUAUUAAAUUACAACGGUGCGUUAUGGAAACACAACGCUGACGUUAGAGUUUGGUUGAUAAAAAACACUAUCUAAUCGCAUUCGUUUGAUACUUCCAAACAGUAAUUCAAUACGAAAGCUGGAACGAAUAACUAAAAACAUGCCUAACGCUACUUAACCAAAUGCUGUGAAUGCAGGUAAUACGACUCACUUGAUUUGAUCACUUUCACGUAAAGUUGAACACACUGAUUAGUCAAGGAUCAAUGUGGUUUAUCAACAUUGAACAACUUCCUUCUAUUCUCUGACUGACCCCGAAACUUUUGUAACAUGAGCGGCCUUUUGAGUACGCACGCAUGCGCAGUGUUGAAUCAUUUACUCCAACGCUGAAAUACAUUUAUAUACUGUAAAUAUGUUAUAUUAUGUAUUUAAACAAACAUGCAAAUCCACAAUCAUUAAUUUGCAGUAUCCUGUUGAGGAAAGCGUUCAAUAUUAUCUACCUCCAAAUGCAUUAAACAGUCGAUCGCAAAAAAAAAAAAAAGAUAAUUGCAUAUUUAAUUGUAUUAUUUACUUUGGACCAUGUGUACGCAUGAACAAGGGAUGCCCUUGUCUGUGUAUUUAACGUGUACGUUUAACGUCUGCACUGUGCAGACACAACGCUCCCCUGUUGGUGAGUCGGGGUACUUCAGCCCCACUGACGGUGAGUCGGGGUACUGCGGCUCGGCGGAACGCCCCCCUGGCGGUGAGUCGGGGUACGGCGGCCCGCUACAGGACGCGCCGCUCCGCGCAGGGACUGGUUCUUUCGCAGCCAUUUUCUGUCCAACCAAACAGCCGUUCCGAGAAGGUAACCAACCAGGGCUUCAUCGCAGAUGGACGGAGACGGUUCCACCACAGACGCCUCCCAGCUGGGUAUCACCGGAGAGUACAUGGCGUCCGGGCACUACGUACUGCAAUCACAAGAAGAUGACGGGGAUGAGAGUCUAAACGACCAUGAGGAGGGGGGCAUUAAGGAGAACUUCAGGGAACAGGACAUCUACCUGCCCAUCGCCAACGUGGCUCGCAUCAUGAAGAACGCAGUCCCGCAGACGGGGAAGAUCGCCAAAGACGCCAAGGAGUGCGUGCAGGAGUGCGUGAGCGAGUUCAUCAGCUUCAUCACGUCGGAGGCCAGCGAGCGCUGCCACCAGGAGAAGAGGAAAACCAUCAACGGCGAGGACAUCCUGUUCGCCAUGUCCACGCUGGGCUUCGACAUGUACGUGGAGCCGCUGAAGCUGUACCUGCAGAAGUUCAGAGAGGGGGAGAAGGGAAUGCCGGGUGUCUCCGUGGGGGAAGGCCUAGGGGAGGAGCUAACCGACGACAGCUUCACCAAUCCGCUGCCAGCAGGCAUCAUCACGGCUGACGGCCAGCAGCAGAACGUCAUGGUGUACACGACGGCGUACCAACAGAUUCCGUCCGUUCAGCAGAUCCAGUUCUCAUGACGGGGGUCCGUUCCGACGCGGCCCUGCCACACGCUGCUAGGACCCCCCCUCCCCCCCACCAACUUCUACCUGGGGGCGGGGGGGGGGGGGGGGGGGGGGUUAAAGGUCACCAUAUAGAACAGACAUAGAACAGGAAGUAGUACUAGUAGUAGGUAGUGGUGAGGAGGAGGAGGGCGGGUCUAGCGACCCAGUCCCUGGGUGUACAGUUUAAGAACUACAGGCCGAGAAGCACUCUGUUCAUUAGGGUGUAGAU